UCCACAGUGGCUCCUGGAACCAUGCAAGGCUGCCUGUGGAGAUAUAUCAGAGUCAUGGCAUCCUUCGUCAUCCUGGGAUUCUUUAUUGGAGAGAAUAAAUCAGCACGUGUCGAGUAUAACACAUCGCUGCAUGAAAAGAGGAAAAUAAUUCAGCAGAUAGCUCAGGAGCAAAUCAGCUCUGAAAUCAAGAACCACCUGAAAUACUUCACCAAGAUGCAGAAAAGUUCUGGUGUACUCCAGCAUGCCAACUACACAUUCCUGGCUGGAACCUUUCUCCAGGGAAAGUGCCUGCUGACGGUGGGGAUCUCCUCAGUGCAGCGUACCCCUGGGAGUUACCUCUUGGACACCCUGAAGUCUGUGUUCCAAGCUUCCACAGAACAAGACUUGGAAAAUAUGCUGGUAUUGGUCCUUCUGUCAGACACUGACCCCAAAUGGCUCAACCAAACAGUUGCCAACAUUUCAGGUCUCUUCCUGCCACACAUUGAAUCCGGGAGGCUGGCAGUGGUCCACGGUCUGCUUGGUGGCUCCUUAGCAAAGAGCAUAAACCAUACCUCACCUUGUGAAGCGCUUUAUUCUAGGCAGAAAACGAAUUCUGCCCUCCUCAUGAAUUUUGCCAGCAAUCUCUCUGACUACUUCCUGUUGCUAGGAGAUAAUGUGAUGUGUGCACCCAGGUUUGUGUCUGACAUCUACUGGGCAGUGUUAGCCUGGGAAGAGCUCCCCUGGGUGAUCCUGGACUUCUCUAGCAUGAAGAUCUCUGGGAAGGUUUUCCACACCAGGGACCUCCCCCGCCUGGUCUCCUUCUUGCUCCUCUUCCCCAUGGACGUUCCCACUCACUUGCUUCUCUCUGAAUUCAGUCUUCUCCUGUCUCAAAAUGUUCCAAUUCACUUCGGUUCCUCCAUCUUCUACCACAUGGGCAGUUACUCUGAGUUUGAAGACACAUGCUUUCCUGUGGGGCAAGACAAAGACUUGGGAGAACCAGACAACCCUGUUGCUACUGUCUUCACGGACAUGUUCUCAUUUUGGAAUACAAUUCCACAGUAUGCCUACAUUCUCAAUGAUGACUGCUUAUGGGUCAUGAACCCUGUAAAAGGCAACUACUUACUGGUGGUCCUGGAUAAGCCACAGAAAAUCAUCCGGGUAGCAGUAUGGACAGGCUCUGCUCAGACUAAGUUGAACUACUUACAACAGGGGCAGAUAUUGCUGGGCUAUGACCCCAUGGACUACCCCAAACGCUGUGCUCACUAUACCUUAGUAGGACCUUUGGUGAGAGGUCAGUUGGACCAGAUGGUAUUUUAUGAGGAAGAUUCUGUGAUGGAGAUUAGUUGUAUAAAGCUGCUGGUGACAGCAUCUCUUGAGUUCCCCAUAAAAAUCAUACAGAUCAGAGUCUGGACGGAAGGGGGAAAAGAGGAGGAUUAG